GCCGGCCGAGAGGGGCUGGCUGGCGAUCACGCCUCCCGGAGGGCUAUAUCCGAGCAGCGGGGCCGCUUGCUUGGCACCAGCCGCCUCUUCCUCCUCCUCUUCCUCCUCCACCCGCGACCGCGAUGUCUUCCACCCCACCGGCCGCGGGCUUCGUCGGCCCCUUCGCCAGACCCCGCUGCCUGGCUGCCGCAGCCCCGGCCGGCAAAGUCAAGCUGACGCACCCGGGCAAGGCGAUCCUGGCAGGUGGCAUCGCCGGAGGUAUUGAAAUCUGCAUCACAUUCCCCACUGAAUACGUCAAGACCCAGCUGCAGCUGGACGAAAAGGCCAACCCACCACGCUAUAAAGGCAUCGUGGACUGCGUCCGAGUGACGGUCAGGGACCAUGGGAUCAAAGGCCUUUACCGAGGCCUCAGCUCGCUGGUGUAUGGGUCCAUCCCGAAAGCUGCCGUGAGGUUUGGCAUGUUUGAGUUUCUGAGCAACCACAUGAGAGAUGCCGAUGGAAAACUAGACAGCACGCGUGGUCUUCUUGCCGGUUUGGGGGCCGGCGUGGCUGAAGCCGUGGUCGUGGUCUGCCCCAUGGAAACCAUCAAGGUCAAGUUCAUCCAUGACCAAUGUUCUCCCAAUCCAAAAUACCGGGGUUUUUUUCACGGCGUGCGGGAGAUCGUCCGGGAACAAGGGUUGAAAGGAACCUACCAAGGUUUAACCGCCACGGUCCUCAAACAAGGAUCUAACCAAGCCAUCCGUUUCUUCGUCAUGACGGCUCUUAGGAACUGGUACAAAGGAGACAAUCCCAACAAAGAGAUUAACCCACUUGUGACGGGAUUAUUCGGGGCGCUCGCCGGGGCUGCCAGCGUCUUCGGUAACACCCCACUAGAUGUUGUGAAGACGAGAAUGCAGGGCCUUGAAGCGCACAAGUACAAGAGCACCUUCAAUUGCGCCUACCAAAUUAUGAAAUACGAAGGACCUCUAGCGUUCUACAAGGGGACCAUUCCUCGCCUGGGAAGGGUCUGCCUAGACGUCGCCAUCGUGUUCAUCAUCUACGAUGAAGUGGUCAAAGCACUCAACAAAGUGUGGAAAACGGACUGAGAGCAAGUGAGCCGGGUGGGGUCAUCUAGCCCCCACCCCCCCAUCAGGCAACAGCUGGGACAGAGUUUGUGACCAACUGCAGAAGACAUUCGGAAGGGCGGUGUGUGCUUCUUCAUUCUUUCUUUCUUCUCACUGGGAGCGGUGCCACACGGGUCCUCUUGGCCAGAGGACACGAUUCCAGUCCCCAAAUCACUUCUCACUUUUCGUAAUACUUAUUUAUCGAAACGGAUUGCGGAUGGAUGGAUCCUUCUCAUCGUAAUGGUCCAUGACGCGAGACCGCCCGGGGGGGGGGGUUCAUCACAAAAGGGUCCCGGAAAUGAAUUCACGGGUCAUCAUCAGAUAGUUUUCUUCUACUGGAGGGCCCGCGAAUGACCAGUGAGUGGGGGGUUGGGUGGGGAGAGUGGUUUUCUUCGGUGCUCUUGAAAAUACACAUUCUUAUUGGCUUUCUCACUUGUUCACUCACGGAAGACAAGUCCUAGACACGCCCUUCCUUUUCCCAAAAAAACCCAGAUUGAGAAUCGUACAGAUAGCACCAUUCUCCACCAUCCAUGGUGGGAUGGGUGUAUCUGUGUUUGUAGGUGCUGAUUUGUUUUUCUAGUGCCGUUUUGAUUUGACGCUUUUUCCACCAAAAAAGAUCGAGGUGGAAACGUAAGGAGUAACAAAAGGGAUUUCAAGCUGUUUUAUGGUGAUGCAUAAGGGGGGAGUCUGAAGGAUUUUCCUCAACCUGUUGCUUCCCAGCUCCGUAGAACGAAUGGGUAGAUCUGUUAGGACAGGGGUCUUCAACCUUGGCAACUUUUAAGACUUGGUGGACUUCAACUUUUAAGACUUGUGGACCUCCAACUCCCAGCAAAGCUGGCUGAGGAAUUCUGGGAGUUUGAAGUCCACAAGUCUUAAAAAGUUGCCAAGGUUGGAGACCUCUGUGUUAGGAUAUCUGGGUUUUGUGGUCCAACACUCUUUCAGGGCAUUAGGUUAGGGAAAGACAAAUCCCGAGACUUAACAGAAGACUCCGUUAAUAAUAUCUCCACCCAAAGGAGAUACGGUCCAUAUCUUUUUUUGGAUCCCGCUACUCUGGUGGAAAACUGGCAUUCGUUCACUUCUGGACUUCAAGAAGUAGUAACCAAAACACUGAAUACAUUCCAAAAAUCCAUCCCUUCCAUGGUCUUCUUUUGGCAACUUGGCAGUUCUUCAUAUGAUCAAGUCCACCCCUUCUGAGCUCCUGGGACAUCCUAGGCUUCUGGCAUAGACAGGUCUCUCCAGAGCAGGAGAAAACAUUCUCCGUGUAGGCCUUCUCCUAGACACAUUCACAUCACCUUAAUGCAGGGAAACCAGGAAGGACUUUCGCGUAUCUUCUCCCUAGAGAAAUAGUAGUGACCACUGAUCUUCUACGAUGGAGAUGCUAAACCUUGGCAAGUAGGAUCAGCUGAGGAGUGAAAUGCUACCGGUUCAUUCCGGUUCGGGCAAACCGGUAGUGAUAAAAAAGCUACCGGUUUGUCCGAACAAGUAUUUCCGAUGAUCAGCUGUACCGCACGGUUUAUAUAUUCCUAGCAAAGCUAAAUCACGCGGCACACCUGUUCCCCCCCCUCGCUGUUCUACUUACUUAAUGAAGUCUUCUUUUUCCAUGCGAAGCGUGCAUUUGGCGCACCCUGCCCAUGUGCAGGCAGCAAACCGGUGGCGAUCCGCGGAGGAUUUUACCACUGUUUCAACUCCUCUGGAAAUUGCGGUCUUUUUCCCCAAGCUUUGAAUUUUACGUGCCUCCCUACCCUUGUGCUUUUCACUUUGGGUUUUAUGUUCUGAUGAAUGUAUUAUUAUUUUUUAAAUAUAUAUAUAUAUAUAUAUAUAUAUCUCGGGGACUUCUUUUUUCCCUUGGUCUCUAUCUGGAACCUACAGAGAUGUUCCAACCUUCACAUUGGUUGGGCAGAAGCUGCCUUACUGUGCCCCGUGGACUUCAUUCCGUAGACUUGAUGGAGCUGCAGUUCUUCACGUUGUAGGCUGAAAAGGGCGCCGUUGAGAUGAUUCUUCUUUCAGACCACGCUCCUUGGGGACAUCUGGUGGAGAGAAGACCUUCCCCAUUCAUCCUUUUCAAAGGGUCUUUCUUCUCCUCCUUAGACACUGCCUUAGUUUGAGAACCAGAAGUCCUUGGUUCGUUAACCGAUUCUUGUACUGUAUUAAGAAAGGGGGGAAGGCAGCUCCUUUGCCUCUUCUGCCCUGGUGCCAAGUCGGGACAUUUCCACUAAUCAGUGCCAAAGGUUUUGCAUCGUGUGUCUCUCUCUCUCUCAUUCUCGGGGAUGGUCUUACUCAGGGGUGGGCUCCAAAAAUUUUAGCAAGGGGUUCUCUGCCUGGUUGCUGGGUGGCCGUAGCCUAGUCGGCCUCCUGCACCACAGUGGGGUGGGGGGCAUUUUUGCCCUCCCCUGGCUCCAGAGGCUUUCCUCGAGCCUACAGGAGGGCGAAAACGGCCUCCCCAGGCUCUGGAGGCCAGAAAUGGGCCUGUUUCCAGCCUUCCCGAACUUCCGGUAUGCCCGUUUUUCUUCCUCCCCGAGUCUCCGUGUACGCCCUGCACUUACCUGCAUGCAAAACGGGCUGCGUGGGGACUCCUGGGAGGGAAGGACUGGGCAGGGCCAGCCAGGAGUGGGAUUUGGGGGUUCUCCGAACGGCACAGAAUCUUAGCUAGAGGUUCUCACGAACCCCUACGAACCCCCAGCAGCCCCACCCCUGGUCUUACUCCUUCCCUGACUGCUCCUCUCCUGCUUUCCAAAUUUAAACUGCCCUGAUGCAGGUGAGCUAAAUACAAACCUGCGCUUCGUGGUUUAAGGAUUAGCGGAUGGACAAAGGUCCAGGCACAUCUGGUUGGCUGACGCUGUUGGACCAUCAGCUGGUCCAGAAGAAUUUUGGUCCAGAGAAACUCAGUGGUAGCAGCAAGGGAGAACUUAUGGCCCAGAUGGAGACGAUACUGACUUCUCCCUUUCUCUUUUCUGAAUGUCGAUAGAAAUGAAUUUCUCCCCCUGCGAGCUGUUAAUUCUCGAGAUUCCUUCUUCUGCUAUCUAUAUCAGGGGUCUUCACCUCCGGCAAACUUUUUAAGCCCUGUGGAACUCACACACACCCCCCCAUGCUGGCUGGGGAAUUCUGGGAGUUGAAGUCCACAAGUCUUAAAAUGUGCCCAGGAUGUGGCAACACCCCUGAUCUAUGUGAUAAAGUUAAUGCAGAGGUGGCCAGGGUAUAAGGAAGUUGUUGCUUGUAUUUUUACAGGAUCUGGUGUUUCUUAGAUGGAAGAUAUAAAUUAAAUGUUUUAAAUGUCUCUCUGUUAACGCCCUGGCAGCCUAAGACUAGUCUGGUUUUGGAAUUCCUCAGCUCUCCGGCAUGGAUGCUGACAAUAAAACCAACGUUGCCUGCUUGUUAA